AUGAAAGGCCGGAUGGAGCUGGGAGAUGUGACACUACACAAUAUUAAACAGCUGAAGAGAUUAAACCAGGUCAUCUUUCCAGUCAGCUACAAUGACAAGUUCUAUAAGGAUGUGCUGGAGGUUGGCGAGCUAGCAAAACUUGCCUAUUUCAAUGAUAUUGCAGUAGGUGCAGUAUGCUGCAGGGUGAAUCAUUCACAGAAUCAGAAGAGACUUUACAUCAUGACACUAGGACGUCUGGCACCAUUCGGAAGGCUAGGAGUAGGAACUAAAAUGUUAAAUCAUGUCUUAAACAUCUGUGAAAAAGAUGAUGGCACUUUUGACAACAACUAUCUGCAUGUCCAGAUCAGCGGUGAGUCUGCAGUUGACUCCUACAGAAAGCUUGGCUUUGAGAUGACUGAGACAAAGAAGAACUACUGUAAGAGGAUAGAGCCGGCUGAUGCUCAUGUGCUGCAGAAAAACCUCAAAGUCCCUUCGGGCCAGAACGCAGAUGUGCAAAAGACAGACAACUGA